AUGGCUCAGAAAGGAGUUCAGCUAAACCGAGAAAUGUUUUCUUGUUCUAUCUGUCUGGAUCUACUGAAGGUUCCAGUGACUACUUCCUGUGGACACAGCUACUGCAUGGAGUGUAUUAAAAUCAACUGGGAUGAAGAGGACAAGAAAGGAAUCUACAGCUGCCCUCAGUGUAGGCAAACCUUCACACCAAGGCCUGUCCUCAUGAAAAACACCAUGUUAGCAGCUUUAGUGGAGGAGCUGAAGAAGACCGGACUCCAGGUUGCUGCUGCUGAUGAUCCCUGCUAUGCUGGACCUGAAGAUGUGGCCUGUGAUUUCUGUACUGAAAGAAAACUGAAAGCCAUCAAGUCCUGUUUAGUCUGUCUGGCCUCUUAUUGUGAGAAACACCUUCAGCCCCACUAUGAUGCACCUCCAUUAAAGAAACACAAGCUGGUGGAGCCCUCCAAGAACCUCCAGGAGAACAUCUGCUCUCGUCAUGAUAAGAUGAUGGAGAUGUUCUGUCUCACUGAUCAGCAGUCUAUCUGUUAUCUCUGCUCUGUGGAUGAACAUAAAGGCCACGACACGGUCUCAGCUGCAGCAGAACGGACUGAGAGGCAGAAAGAGCUGGAGGUGAGUCGACUAAACAUCCAGCAGAGAAUCCAGGACAGAGAGAAAGAUGUGAAGCUGCUUCAACAGGAGCUGGAGGACAUCAGUGCCUCUGCUGAUAAAACAGUGCAGGACAGUGAGAAGAUGUUCAGUGAGCUGAUCCAUCUCAUCCAGAAAAGAAGCUGUGAUGUGAAGCAGCAGAUCAGAUCCCAGCAGGAGACUGAAGUGAGUCGAGUCAAAGAGCUUGAGGAGAAGCUGGAGCAGGAGAUCAGUGAUCUGAAGAGGAAAGACGCUGAGCUGAAACAGCUCUCAGAUACAGAAGAUCACAACCAGUUUCUCCACAGCUACCCCUCAGUGUCAGCACUCAGUGAGUCCACACACUCAUCCAGCAUCACCAUCCGUCCUCUGAGAUACUUUGAGGACGUGACAGCAGCGAUGAAAGAGGUCAAAGACAAACUACAGGACAUUCUGAGGGCCACAUGGACAGACAUCUCACUGACAAUCACACAACCAGAUGUUUUACUCUCACAACCAGAGCCAAAGACCAGAGCUGGAUUCCUAAAAAAUUCCCGUGAAAUCACUCUGGAUCCAAACACAGCAAGCACAUGCCUGGUUUUAUCUAAUGGAGACAGAAAGGUAACAUUUUCUGUACAACAACAGUCUUAUCCUGAUCAUCCAGACAGAUUCACUGGAAGGUAUCAGGUUCUGGGUAGAGAGAGUCUGACUGGACGUUGCUACUGGGAGGUGGAGUGGACAGGAGGAGUUUCUGUAGCAGUCACAUACAAGAAUAGCAGCAGAGCAGGGAAUAAAUGUGUAUUUGGCCAAAAUGACAAAUCCUGGGCAUUAAAAUGUUCCCUUAGAAGUUAUGAAUUUUGGCACAACAAGAUUUCAACGCCUGUCUCAGGUCCUCAGUCCUCCAGAGUAGGAGUGUACCUGGAUCACAGUGCAGGUAUUCUGUCCUUCUACAGCGUCUCUGACACCAUGACUCUCCUCCACAGAGUCCAGACCACAUUCACUCAGCCACUGUAUGCUGGUGUUUGGGUUAGUAGUUGCUUUGCUGCUGCAACAACUGCUGAGUUCUGUGUCCCCAUGGCAGCCUACACUUGCAUCAGCUGCCGAGUGGCCUUCGCAGACGGCGAGGUGCAGCGAGCCCAUUACAAAACCGACUGGCACCGAUACAACUUGAAGCGCAAGGUGGCCGACAUGCCGCCCGUCACUGCCGAAAACUUCCAGGAGCGCGUUCUGGCGCAGAGGGCCGCAGCUGAACAGCAGCUGAGCGAUGCAGCGGCCACCGAGGGCUGCUCCAUCUGCAACAAGAGGUUCUCCAGCGCCAACGCUCACCAGAACCACCUGCAGUCCCACAAACACCAACAGGCUGAGAAGCAGGCCCUGCUUGCCGCACAGAGAAAGGUGGAGAAGAUGAAUGAGAAGAACCUGGAGAAGGGCCUCGGGGACGAGAAGGUAGACCACGACGCUCGGAACGAGGCCCUGCAGCAGGCGCUGAAAGACCAGCAGAGGUCGAGCCCGGCCAAGCAGGAGGUGCAACAAGGAGCCACGAAGCCAAAGAUGGAGAAGCCGGAGAAACCACCCAGGAUGAUGUGGCUGGAGGAGCAAGCUAAGAGACGAGAGAAGGACGAGGGAGCCACAGCUGAAGAAGAAGAGUGGGAGGACGUUGAUGAGGAGGAAGAUGAUGAUGAUGAUGAUGAGAUGGAGGAGGACGUUGAUGAAGAGGAGACGAUGGAUCAGGAGGAGGGUGACUCGGCGGCUUCGUCUGACCUAAACCCUGCUGCUCUGCCGGGCUCCAUCCCCGUCACCGACUGCCUAUUCUGCUCCCACCACUCCAAGUCGCUCAUGAAGAACGUCGCCCACAUGACCAAAGUCCACAGCUUCUUUAUCCCUGACGUGGAGUUCCUUGUCAACCUGAAGGGUCUUGUCCGGUACCUCGGGGAAAAAGUUGGUGCCGGGAAUGUGUGUUUAUGGUGUAACGAGAAGGGACGUUCGUUUUACUCGACAGAAGCAGUUCAGAGUCACAUGACAGACAAAAGCCACUGUAAACUCUUCACAGAAGGCGACACUGCUCUGGAGUUUGCAGACUUCUAUGACUUCAGGAGCAGCUACCCUGACAGGAAGGACGGAGAAGACGCUGAAAUGGACGAUGACGAGCUGCCUGACGACAAGAACCUGGAAUACGACGAUGACACGCUGGAGCUGACGCUUCCUUCAGGUGCGAAGAUCGGCCAUCGCUCCCUCAUGAGAUACUACAAACAGCGGUUCGGAGCCCAGCGAGCCGUAGUUCUGACCCACAACAGGAACGCUGUUGGCAGAGUCCUCCGGCAGUACAAAGCUCUGGGCUGGGGAGGAGACGGAGGCAGCGGCGCCUUCCACCAGAAACAGAAAGACAUGCAGUACGUACAGAUGAUGAAGUCCAAGUGGAUGCUGAAGAUGGGCAUGAGCCACAACGCCACCAAGCAGAAGCACUUCAGAUGCCAAGUUAUGUUCUAAACUCGGGCUGAAGGGAACCAGACGUGGCGUGAACCAGGCGUGACGCGGCGUGGUGGACUGUAAAGCAAACAUCUUUGCAAACUUCCAGCCAACAAGGGAAAGUUGUGACUCCUUGGAUGAAGGCAGGAAGAUAAAUCUAACUCACAUCAGUUAUGCUGCGUUGAUUUGAAGUUCAACAACUGCAGCAAAACCCUCGAUGGGAGAAAUCUUUACCAGCUUUUUGAAGUUCUUAACUGAAGAUCAGUUAAAUAUUUUCAAAUGUUCAGACAGCUGAAAUCACUGCAUGUCUGUGUGGAAAAGUAGGUCCACUGUCUAUCAGCUUCAACAUGAUCUGCAAGAGAAAUCCAGGCUAAACUCUGAUCAGCUUCACUGCAAAAACAACCGCUGAGGUGGAGAUCAAGGGCAUGAAUCACAUUUAUUAUAUUAUUGUGGAAUUACAUUAAUUGUGUUAAACCUAAAGUAUAAUAUUAAGGAUUUAUUGUACUAUUUUGGACUCCUAAGUAACAUUACAUUGUUUUUUUUGUUUUUUUAACUGAUGACAGGAUUUCAUCAUGAUCAUAAAGCAUCCAAACAAAUAAAUGCAUUUCAUACUUACUAGAAA